GCCGCAGCCUCGGGGCCGGCUGUGCCUCGCGGGGCUGCGGAGGCUGUGCGCCGUGUUUGAGGGGGAAGCGGGAGCCCCCAUUCUGGCCGCCCGCGGUCCCCUGCGCCGGCCCCGCCGUGUCCCUCGCCCCCAGAUCGGAGGGGCACAAGGUGCCGGCCCCCACAAAGCGAAGAGAGACAGAGAGAAUGCCGGCCCCCACACACCGAAGAAGGACGGAGAGCGCUCCCGGCCGGCCCAAGGCAAGUAGGCAGAACGGCCGGGGGCUGCGAGGGCGGCGGCAGGCGCGGGCCCGUCCGCAUCGGAGGAGCGCAGAGGGAACGCCCGCCCUGGCCCCGCAGCGCGGGAGGCGGUGGAGCCAGCGCUCCCUAAAUCGCGGGGCCACAGCGAGCCCGCGCCGGCCCCUCCAAGCGGAAAGGGGACAGCAGCUGCCCCCUGUCCCCCCCAGUCGGAGGGGCUCUGACACGGUCCCAGCUCCCCCCAUAUCGGAGGGCGACAGGCGCAGAGGGCUCCCCCAAAAGCGGAUGGGGACCGAGGUCACCGCCGGCCUUGCGAAAGUUGGAUAGGGCUUGGAGCAUCCUGGGAUUGUGGAAGCUGUCCCUGGCAGGGGGUAAAAUGAGAUAAACUUAAAAUCCCUCCCAACCCAAACCAUUCUGGGUCUCUGUGUUCUGCUCAAACAUACAAUGGGCCCCAAUAGCUGCCAAUGCCAAACCUACCUGUUAAUUGAUGGAUGAAUAAAUUCCUGGCAACCACCACCACAAAUGGAAGGAAAACAGCUCCAUCAGAGGGACCAGCAGAGGCUGAGGUUGGAAACAGGGACAUCAAGGUUCCUUACAGCACAAGCACUCUUCCUGGAUUGAUGCUGUUGCCCUCUCCAGAUGGAUUCAUACCCCAGCAUUUUGUCAGGGAGUAAAUAAAAUACUGAGAGCAGAUAAUUGCUGGUUCCCUGUGAAUGCAGUGUCCUGGUGAGGUCAUGUCACUGCCACCAUGGCACAUCCAGCCCUGACAUGGUCAGUGAUGUGUCCCAGGCCACUGAAUGCCCCUGGAGCUCAUGGUCAUUUAGAAUCUUGCUGGAGACUCAAUUUGGAGUUGGAUCCAACCAGGUAAAUGGCCUGAAAGCUACUCCCCCUAAUUUUCUUGUAAGUGGGCUAUGUAUCAAAAUGGAUUUCUAGAGCAGUAAAUUAUAAUUUAGUGCUUAUUAUAAUAUUCAUUAAGAGCUGCUGUCUGCUGUAGUGUUACACCAAAUACUAAUUAUUAGAAAUUAAGGUGACAGGAGGGAAUAAUAUUCUGAAUUGUGUAAGUGGGAGUAAUAAGAGCCUAGGAAGGAUAAGCAAACAAAGCAGCAGGAGAAUUCCCUUUCUUUAGGGAAAUCAGGAAUGGAAUCCCUAGGGGUAAUGGAAUCCCCAGUAGCCCAGCACUGGGAGGCAGGGCUGCCCAGGAAGAGGCUGUGGGCAGGGGACAAAAUUAAUCAGAGCUACAAAGACACCAAGCAGAGGGUUCAAAGUGUUCAGUUUUGGGGCACCACUACCUGGCAGGAUCCAUCCAGGGGAUUGACCUCCAAAGGCUCCAUCUUGCCUCAAUGUUAUUUUUCUAGUUUUUUUCCUUAGUUUGUUUAUUUUUUUUUAUUCCUCUUCAAGCUGAAAUUUAAUUCCUACAAUGAUUUUGUCCCAACCUAGUCUAGUCUCUGCUCAUGGCAAGCAAUAGAUAAUCUUUAAGGUCCCUUCCAACCCAAACCCAGCUGCAGCAGGGGUGAGAUGGAUGCAGAGCAGGAUGAACAGCCAGGGAAGCAGCCAAAGCCAUGCAGAGCUGUGUGAGUGACAUAGUUUUUCCAGUCCCCAGCAAAGGAGAAUCAUAAACUUCACUCUUUAUUGUUGUCCAUGCUGCUCCACACCAAGCACAGCUGUCUCCAAGGCCUCCCUCCAGCAGAACCUUUAUAAAUUAUAUUCCCUCUCCCCCGUGGUUUAAUUAGGGGGGAAAAAGAAUCUCAUACAUGGAAGUGAUUCGUUUGUUGCCAGACAUUUUCAGGUUUUCCAUUUUCUUCUUGAGUAGGAAAAAGUCAUUUACCAUGUUCUUUUCUAACAGUUUCCAGGGAUGUCCCACAAACACGGCCAGGAGCCACCAGUAGUCAAGCCCUGACGGAGUUUCUUUGCUUGAGUAAAUCAAUGUUUAGCCACUAAUGGGAGCUGAAUGCCCAUUUUCCAUGCCCCAUUUGUUUUAUUGCCAGGGCUGGGGUGCAGGGGAGGCAUCAUGGGGCAGCUCUCCAGAAAUCCCAGUGAGCACUCAGAAUGUUCAUUCCCAUCCCAUAAAAUGGGAUGCACUCACCAGCUGGAAUAACUCACAGUGCCUGGCUCUCUCUCUGUCCAUCUCUAUUAUUUUUUAUUUGGAGUUUCCACAGGGUUGUUUUAAUUUGGGGAAA